UUUCUAAUCCUAAAAAUCUUGCCGAUUCUCAAGUGUUGACGUCUAUUUGAUAAUUGGUGGUUAAGUGACGAACGAGAUUUGGCGCGGAUAUGCGAAUGCGCGAAAAUGGCGCGCGAGAGAAAUAGAAAGGGUGGAAAAGAGAGAAGAAUAACGGAUCCAGGUUUAGAGCAACGAGCGUCGGUUUUUCGUAGCUGACAGCUUUCGUGGUCGACAAUGUCCGUGACAACAAAAAGAUGCGACAUCUGGUUUAGUAGUGCCACGACUUCUGGCCUGGUUUGGCCGUAAAGCUUUUUCACCUCCUUCGGAGGACAUGCAAGAGUUAUCCGACACAGUGCGGCAAAUCGUCGAAUUCGAGGAUUUAGUGUCGCGAUUGAAUCGAAUAAACGACGUUGGGCGACCAUUGAACAAUAUCGGUGGUGCUGUUAUCGAGAACAAAAUCGGAACCGUAAUUACAACGAUAUCUGCAGCAAGAACGACAACGAUAACGACUACGUUAACGAAAACAACAACGACAAAGACGUUGUCGAAUUGGGGAAAUAUUGGUGGAUCGUUACCAAUUUCACGUUCUAUAGCCCCGGAAUUGGGAUCGAAAUCGGAUACGGUGCCUGUGCCGGCGUCGACGACUGCGUCGACGUCGGCAUCGGCAUCGGUAUCGGUAUCGUUACCAUUUUUGAACAAACAGGAAUCAAACUCUGCUCCUUUGUCGCGACACUACGUUCAAGAUUCAAACUGCUCGUGCACGUGUUCGCACAUCGGAACCGCCGUCAAGUCCGCCAUUCGUACGAUUAAUUGUUCAUCUAUUUCGGAACAUCGGCAGAAGGAGGAAGAAAUUGAACGCCAAGAACAACAAGAACAAGAACAACGUGUGCGCGUGCAUAUCGGUAUCGACGAGGAUUUACGCAUGAUCCUCGACAUGGAUCCGUCGAUCGUCGACGGAAUGCCCACAUCGUCUCUAUUGCACGCCAACUCUCGGAACAAUGGUCACGUUGCGUUUGCUCGGCCGUUACGAUCAACUCGCCCGCAAGGCUGUCCACCAACGUUUAAGACUGCAACACCCACCUCGCGUACACAACUGAAACUUCAGCUGAUGCGAGAACAGCUGCAAGAGCAGGAAAGGCGAGAAGCUGAAUUUCGUCAGAAUUUGCAGCAACAGAGACCAACCGCUGCUCCUCCCAGGCCAGUACCUUCUACCUCACUCUCGACUAUCGGCGUAGACGUGCCACCACAAGUCUUACAAGUGCGGACAUUAUUGGAGAAUCCGACUCGUUACCAUGUCGUUCAAAAGCAGAAGAAUCAAGUGCGGCAAUACCUUCACGAGUCGUUUCGCGGUAACGGCACGAUCAGCGCUGGAGACGGGAACGUUCUCGGUAGAAAUUCCGUGGAAGGCGUGCCGACAUCCGCACCGAUGAUAGUGCAGAGCGCACCACCGGGUCCAACGGUGCAUCAUCCAAAGCCGCAGCAUCCUCAUCUGGCUUCGUAUCCACACGGUCCCACGGUGUUGCCGCUUGGUAAUCAGGUUGCGGCCAGCCCGGAUCCUACCACCGGUGCUAUGUCACCGGGUCUUUCCAGUGUCGCGACCAGCAAUUCCGAGGCGGAGGAUCUCUUAGACGACAUAUUGUCGUUCGAAGCCAACUCCCUAGGUGAUAAUUUAAAGGACAGCCAAUCAGGAAGCCUGACCAAUAUCCCCGAGUUGCAAAUCAAACCGGAACCUUUGUUACUUACGGAGGCGGAGAUACAUGCGCUUGCCAAAGAUCGACAAAAGAAAGAUAAUCAUAAUAUGAUCGAGAGACGAAGACGGUUCAACAUCAACGACAGGAUCAAAGAGCUCGGCACUCUUUUACCUAAAACUAACGAUCCGUAUUACGAAAUCGUUCGAGACGUUAGGCCGAAUAAAGGCACGAUACUCAAGUCCUCGGUGGAAUACAUAAAAUUGUUGAAAAACGAGUUGACAAGAAUGAAACAGAACGAAGCGAGGCACAAGCAAUUGGAACAUCAGAAUCGCCGACUCCUUUUACGAGUUCAAGAGUUGGAAUUGCAAGCAAAAGCGCAUGGCCUUCCGGUUUCCGAUUUCAAUUGGGCCUCCACUUCCGGUAGCAUGUUAAACGCCUUUGCUCGAAACAAACUCGAACAUCGCAAGAUUCCAGAAUUGGUUACCGAAGAAGCAACGAGUUUGAGCAUGUCCCAACUGGAAGAUCUGAUGGAGGACGAUGGGAACGGGCCGAUUCAUAGCGGCGAUCCUAUGCUCUCCUCGCCCCAUCUACCGCCGUUGAGUCCAACGCAGACUGGUUGUCAACACGGGCUGCCGGACGAGGACACCCUCGGUAGUUUGGCGCCGACCACGCCCAACUCUUCCUCCGACAUGGAUAUCGUCGCGUAACACGAUUCAAACGGAAUCAAAUCGAAUUGGAUUCGAAUCGUGUUCGGCUAUUAUUUAUCGAAUGAACGAGUUGGCAACGAGCGUAUGACGGAUACGUAGCGAGCCAUCGGUCGAGAGAGAGGCGAACAGUUGGUCGAACAGUUGGCGAUUUUUGCGAUCAUCGCCGACACGAGGCGUUACGUUUUCUUCUUUUAUCGUUACCUUUCCUCAACGGCUGGCCGUUACCCCCUUUACUUACAUACGUAUUAUACGAACUACGUACGUUUUAUACGUAGAACGAUAUUACCAUGGUGCACGUAAUAUUUGUACGAUAGAAUCGUCCUUCUCUCGAACCUAACCUCGAAACUGACUCGCCGCGCGUCUUUUAUCGUUAGUUCGCGAUCACAGGAAUAAUGCGCGAAUAAUGCGCGCGCACGUUUGUGGGGGGAAAAACUCGCGCAGGUCGCGAGUUCGGUCGAACGAACGAACAAACUAAAAUCUUAAAAUGUAUACUUGAAAUUGCAUAUCGCGUUGACUUACUGUCCGAAAUAACGACGGAUUUAUUUUGGAUGUUUUAAUUAAAGCGGGAUUCUUUUCAUUCGCAAAUUGCGCUCAUCUUCGCUUCGUAUCAUCGAUCGAGCGAUAUUUCAAUCAUUUAUUUAAAAAAUUCUUUCCACAUCUUUGUUUCGUUAUUUUUUCUUCUUUCUCUCUCUCUCUCUCUCUCUCUCCUCGCGAGGACGCGAACGUCGCUUCAAACGUCGGUUUCAAAUCUCGAUGAACCGAUAAUAUUCGAAUAGAAUAAUAACUUGAUGACGUUCGAUUCGAGCGGACAAUUUCAAUGAUAUUUUUAUACAAAAAUUUCCGAAUUGCGAAAAGACAUACAUAUACGUAUAUCUAUUCAUAAUGGUGAACAUGUGCCAAUUAAAAUUUACACGUCUAGAUCUAAGAAGUAAUUUUGAUCGAGUAAUUUUAAGCAAAGCAAUCGAUUCGAACAAAAAUUCGAAACGAAAUUUGAAAACAAAUGGUGCAAACGAUAUAGAAAGUAUAGCGAUUUUGCGAAAAAUGGUCAAUGUACAUA